AUGUCUUCUUACCUAUACAGAGACCGCGACCGUGAGGACGACUGGGACGAGCCCCGUUCUGGUGGUGUCUCCGUUAAGCGCUACGUCAUACCUCCAGAGGAUCGUCGAGACCGCGAACGAGAUCGCGAACGAGAUUAUCUCUUCCGGGAAGAUUCUGGCCCCGGCGAGCGAGAUUUGGUCAUCCGUCGCAGAACAGACCGCGAAGAUCCCGUCAUGGUUCAACGAUACGAGCGAGAUGCGGACUACGACCGCUCUGAAAGAGAUUACUAUGAACCCCGUUAUACGCACCCCCGCGAAUCUGACUAUGACAUCGUGCACCGAUCAGAGGUGGAUCGAGAGCCAGCCUACUACUACCAUCGUCGUGUCCGAGAGUACGACAACGACGGCCGUCGACUCCGUCGUGAGCUAAGCCCUAGUGACUCUGUUUCACAGGCUACCCGCCGGCGCGACGACCAAGACUACAGUAGCGACGACAGCAUGGUCUACAUCCGCAAAGAAACUAAAGAAUACGACGACCACCAUAACCGUCACCUGGCCUCGGGUGCUCUGGUCGGUGUUGGUGCUGCAGAAUUUCUCCGGAGCCGUCGGAAGAAGGAUGGGGACGACGUCUCGAAUGGCGUCGGCCGUGUCGGCCGCGAUGUAGGAGCCGGUGCCUUGGGUGUCGCCGCGGUUGAGGCUGCUUCGCGGGCAAGAAACUAUUACCGUAGCAAAAGCCGCCACCGCUCUCAUUCUUUCGAUGAUGAUCGAAGUUCUCGUCACAGUCAUCAUCACCGCCACUACAGUCACAGCAAUUCCCGCCAUGGGCGCAGCCGAAGCCGAUCUCACUCUCGCUCUCGCGCCAGGACUUUUGCAGAACUUGGUUUGGGAGCCGCCGCUAUUGCCGGUGCUGUCGCGCUAGCUCGCAAGAAGUCAGACAGCGGCCGGAAGUCAGACAGUGGCCGACGCAGCCGUUCGCGUCAUCGUCGAGGCGCUAGUUCCUCUCGAUCAGUUAAAUCCCCCGACGAUGAGAAGCGCAGCCAGUCGCAGCGCCGCAAGCACAUGGCAGAGGCUGGCUUGGCAGGUGCCGCUGUAGCCGGCCUUGUCGAGAGAGCUCGAAGCCACUCUCGGAGGCGGCCUCGCUCUCGGUCAAAGAGCAAGGUCAGGCAGGCUAUUCCCGUUGUUGCAGCCGGACUAGGAUCUGCUGUGGCUGCAAAUGUUUGGGACAAGAGGAAGGAUAAACAAGCCGAAGAAGAGCCGCGCCGUAAAGACCGUCGACGUUCAAGGUCGAGAGGCCGACCAUCAUCGGAGAUAUAUCCCGACCCGAACCGUGACUCUGCUGGUUUGAUAGAAUAUGGUGAUCAUCCAGUGCACGGAAGCAUCCCAGCUGCAAACUACUACGGCCGCCCUCCUAGCUCUCAGGGGUACCGUUCGGACCGUGGCCGUACCCCGAGCCGCAGCCGUAGCCGUGCCCGAUUCAGCAGCAGCUCCCCCAACUCGAGUGAGGAGGACCGCCGAAGGCGCAGUAGUCGUCAUAAGCAUCGCAACCGUUCUCGCGACUUGGCAGGGGCUGCAUUGGCUGCCACAGGCGUUGGCUAUGCGGCUCAUAAAUAUUCCCAGCAUCGGGAUCGCCAGAGGGAGGACAAAGACGGGAGAUAUGACAGCGAUCUGCCACCAAGUCCCUAUGAGGAGCCCUACAGCCCUGGGCCUUACCCGCCGUCUCCUGCUCCCAACGCAUCCUUUGAUGGCAGGCCCAAUAACUACUACCCCCCACCUCCGGGUCCGGGUCCAGCGCCUAUGGGGCCAGGCCCUGCACAUUAUAAUCCGGCUGAUUAUCCACCUCCACCCAACGCUGCGCCUCCUCCCCAACAGUACAAUUAUCCUCCGCCUCCCGGGCCAGAUGCAUACGCUCCCAGACCCAGGAGGGCAGAUGAGAAUGUGAGUGCUGCACGGAACUUAUCCCCUCCAAUCACACAAUAUCAACCUUAUGAUGGUUUAAAGGACCCAAAUCGGGUAGAAACGCCGCGUCGACGGCGUCGACGCACGCGUGCUGGGAGUGAACCACCACAGUCCAAAUCCGUUGCCUUUGAUGUUAACCCACAACGCAAUCAAAAUAUGGGUGGAUAUGAAACGGAUGAUAGUGAUACUACUGUUGAUGCAACGGAUUCAGGCCGUCGCCGUCGUCGCCGUCGUCACCCUCGCCGCCAUUCUGACCGACGCCAUCGUUCUUCGUCUGACCAGACUCGUUCGAGGCGUGAACCUGGAAACGAUAGGAGUACUGCACAAACAAACGGACUUGAAUCUGACUCUGAUGCUACCAUCGACCUGCCUGAUCGCUUUGACCGCAAUGGUCGUCUUCUUCCCCAGCCAGACGAUGACCCGCUAGCUGAUCGAGUCGAAAACUUGUUAAAACGAUUUAACCGAACAUUUGCCUAA